GUCUCGUAAACAAACACUUGAGCCACGCCCACUCGGACUUUGACCUGAAAGUCUGCAUGGGGCGGGGCGUAUCCAGAGCACUUGCUGACCAACUACAUCAAGGGGUACCAGAAGAGAUGGUUCGUCCUCUCCAAUGGACUCCUCUCCGGUUCUACACGCAUAGCCUCCCAGCACUCGGCCCAAUAGUAGUUUGUGUACUAGCAAUGCUGCUUCAGGGCCCAGGAAGAGAUCAUGUUCCUUCGUCUCCUUUGUGGUGGAGCUUUGUGUUAGAGGAAGGAAUCAGUGAUGAGGAGGCAGUGAGACUGAUACAAAUGGAGCCUCCACAGAAGAAGACCAGUGCCCCAGUUAUCACAGAUGAAGGCACUACCCAGACUCUAGUACUGUCUGGACCAUCAGAUGAUCAGUUAGGUGAUGAGAACGACCCUUUCACUUCCACUGAUACUGAGGGUGGCAGUUAGUUCCAACCAGUGGAGGUCGGUCGCUCAGUACUCACCAGACUACACAGGUCAGAGGUCAUGGUCAAGGAGUGGGGGGCUCCAAUUGGAAACCAGUACUACCGCUCGGUCAUGCCCGACUUCCCCAUCUCCCUCUGUGGCUCCUGUAAUAAGAUGUUCUUGGCUGAUGACUAUGAGCUACAGGGACUGUGCAAAGGACACUGUCCUUUCUGUAGGACCUCCAUUGACUCUCUAUAGUUGCUACGUAUGUAUGUAAUAAUAAUUUGAUACAGGAGCUGUCUUCUCUGUAGAUUUAAUUGUACACUUACAAGGGCUCAAACAUGUUCAUUGGAUAAACACAUGACAUUAUCUCUCAGAACAGGUACACUACCUUUACUAAUCGAUGUCUAGACUAUGUUCAAGGUUCAUCUCUUGUGUCACUUUCAUUUUGACUCUCUAUAGUUGUUUGUGUAAUAAUAAUUCGAUACAGGAGCUGUCUUCUCUGUAGAUAAUUAUACGUUACGAGAGACCAAACAUGUAUAG